UUAAUAUUUAAAUAUUUAGAAUAGAUCAUCAGUACUGUGUUGUUGAUUACUGUCUUUUCAGAGUACCAGAAUGAGUUUCGAAGAGGAAUUUAAUUUGCUGGAUCAUGAUUAUAUCAAACUGAAGAGUAAAAACGGACAUAUUGAAACGUCCAACAAAGAAGUUGUUCUUCUCGUUAGAAAGAUCAACCGAUGGCAUGAUACGGCAACUAACAAACAUCAUAGACAACAUAUAUUUUAAGACGAAACACUUUCGAAGUGAGGAAGAAGACGACGCCUGGUGGUUCGAUUUUUAUGGAAUGGACCAACAUGUGCAUAUGAUACAUUCAGUUGUAGAGACAUUGAAAGGUACAGACACUGGGGCUCAGGGACAACAUCGUGAAUUAUGUGAAAUUACUUUAGAAGCCUACCAGCUGAUGGCACGUAUGGUUGAUAUGAGAUUGAGGUACAUGCUCAGGAAAGCUGGUGUGUUUGAUAGAUUGCAAUGCGUCAAGGAUAUAAAUGGACAAGAAAGCAAAUAUUUGGGUGAUGGAAAGGUUGCAUCUAUAACAAAACCGAAUAUAUGUCAGUCCAGCUGUGAACAUCCAGAUAUUUUGAGUUCUUACUGCCAAACAUGUUGCUUAUUCCUCUGUGUAUCAUGUGAUAAAAUGGAACAUGCAAUGCAUUCCGUUGUGUCAAUCACAGCUGAAUACAGAAAAAGGUUAGAACGAUUGGUCGAGAUUAAAGAGAGCAUAUCUGAAGUCAUUGAAGAAGCAAGCAAGAGAGAAAGUACAAUGCUUGACUCCCUGAAAUCUGUUCGAGUACAUUCAACACAUAUGUCCAACAAAGAGACAUACACUAUGCUCAAACGAACUAUAAUUAGUCAAACUCAACAGUUUAAACACUUCAUGAGAAACACUGAAGAAAAGAUAGAGCAACUUCGUCAAAUCAUUGCUGUAAAGGACCACAUAAAAGCAAAGCUCAAAGCAGAUGUGUCAUCUGAUUUCACUCCAAAUAUUACAAAGUCUGACAAUCAAGGGCCGCCUCUCAUGUCUGCAAAUAUCACUCUCAACUUGGACAUCGCAGAUGAAGAGCACGCCAUUUUCAAUAUGUUUAAUGGACAGAAGGAGUUUGUAGAGGCAACCCUAAGAAAGUAUGGCCUGGUAUUGUCCAGCAUAGAAGAGGGUUCUAUUAUCAUCCGAGUGAUAGGAACAGCAGAGCACAUUACUGAACUAGGAAAUUCAUCUGUAAUUUCGCAUCUGGUGGAAAACCUAGUGCAAUUAUUUCCUGGGCAGAUCACUCUACAGCAUGUGAACGUUCAUGCCAAAUACGAAUACAAUAUCAAUGCCAAAAAUGUAUACUACCAAUCUGGGGGUCAAAACACAAUCAUUAAGAAAGGAGAGGAGAGUACUGACGAACAAACACGUGCAUCAACUUCAGGUAUCCAAUACGAGCCCAAAGACGCUAGAUUUAUUUUUGAGUCACCGAAAUCUGCUGUUUUAACAGAGGUGCUGCAGUGUUUGUCUCUGCACAUAGUGUCGAACUGUGUAACGAUCGAAAUUAACCCUGGCCGUAUCGAGGUACAGUUCAAGAAAACAAUGUAUGGAGUCAUGAAAUCUAUCAUUGAUAACCCAACAAUUCAAAACUUUGUCCUUCAAAAAGAUUUGGACAUUCAGAUAGACAUCAACUUUUACAAAACAGACAACCAUGUCUCAAUAUUCAACUUGGUAACUCCAUUAACUGAGACAAAUUCCAAUGCACAAGAGAGCCAAACAGAAGAUGAGGUGUUGUUGCAGGAAUUAAAAUCAAUCACGAUAGACAAUGCUCCUGGCGUCAAACAACAACCACAUGUCCAUAUCCAGGCCCAAACAGCGAAUGUACAGUAUGGGGAACGUAACACCAUCACAUUGAAUAGUGCUGAAGCUUCUGGGACUGGUGAGGACAGAGGAAGCAUUUGCAGCAAUGAAGAAGUCGAAGAAGAGUCAAAUACUGAAGAAGAGAGAAACGUUGAUGAAGAAUCAAACCAAGCAGAGUCACAGGUGCGUACAGGGAGCAUGACGACGAAUGUACAGUUUGGGAAACUUAACACCAUGACAUCCAAUAAUACGAAAGCCCUUGAGACUGGUGAAGACAGAAAUUCGUCGGAUUCACGAAGCAUUGUCUGUGGUGAAGACGUCAAAGAAGAGAGAAACGUUGACGAAGAAUCAAACCAAGCAGCGUCACAGGAUAUGUCAAAACUAAGACAUAGUAACGAAUAUGUAUCUACAGCAAAGGACAAUGAACUCGAAAAUAUUGAAAACUUCAAGUCAUUAAAUACUGAGCCGGGUAGAGAGGUCAACAGUGAAAGUCUGAAUAACUCUGAAAAAGGAGAAUCAUUCGACAACACCAAGAGAUCUACACAGAAUCCACAGUUAGAAAAUAAUAAUAAUGAAAAAUGUCGCCAGUACAAAUCUGAAAACAAACCAGUGCCAGAAGAAAAUAAAGGACAAAACAUCGCGGACAGCCUCGUGGAACGACAAGCAGAUGAGACUGAAAAUUAAAAUGAUGAAAUACAACCAUGUUUGACAAAUAAAAUAUCCACCGAUGAAAUUUCAGCAAAUGAGAUGGAGAUGUCCGACAAGCAAUUUUUGAUCACAUCUGGUUUGAAUGUUCAACUGUUAAAUCAAGACAUAAAAUCCACUCCGAGCAACACAUUAGUAAAUGAGGGCUACAAUUCUUAAAAAGAUAUAUCAUUUUAAAUUUAAUUACAGAUGAGCAUACUUUGUUAGGCUGAUAAAAAGAUAAUACAUUUUAUUACACACCAGUGUAAGAUAUUACUCAUGUCAUAACAAUUACUCAAUAUCUAACUAGUGUAAUAUUAGCACGCGCAGACUGGCGGGGUAAUUUUUUAAUUGGAAUGACGUCGAUAUUGGAAUGACGUCAGUUUGCAUCUCCCUGCAAUAAGAUAAACUGGGUGCAUGACGCGUUCUUUUCCCGAACGCUAGAAAACAUUUCAGUGCAAAACUGCUGUUGAAAAUGUUUUGUUCAGACACUAUUAACGUAUCUAACCGUGUUUGUACAAAAUAGUAUAAUUUAAAAGUAUAUCAUUACGAAAUACGGCCAGUAAUGGAAAUUGCGAUAAGAUAGGCCGUUAUAUUUGGACCCACUGUGUACAAAGCCAAAACGAUGUCGACAUGCUACUUUUUGACGGCCUUAGGUAUAAAAUGUCAUUGUCACAUAUAGUCAAUCCCAUUAACUCAGCUCAAUCUUUGCUGGUCUGAUCUACAAUUCAGUCAUUAUUGUGAAUUUAAAAACAUUAACUAACAAUUAUUAAUGCAAGCUUCGCGCCAAAAUCUAAACUGUACAUUGAUGACGUCGCGUUUCUCACUAUGACGUCGUAUAUGUUUACGUGUGACGUAGAUCACUUGCUGACCCAGUUUGUUGAAAAAUAACCUGUAGCAGAUCUCGACAUCUGUUUACUUCUGCGAUGUGGCUUGUUUGUAAUAAAUAAAAUACUAAACGAGCUUGCCUGUCAUACCAUUUUUAUGACAGCCAAGCUCGUUUAGUAUUCUAUAUUUAUCACCCACCUGAGAGAGAGAGAGAGAGAGAGAGAGAGAGAGAGAGAGAGAGAGAGAGAGAGAGAGAGAGAGAGCACAAUGUAAUAACAGUUCCGUUCGUCAUAUUCAGUGGCGGAUCCAGAAAAUCCAUUUUGGGGGGCCCAAUGAGAUUUCUGAAAAACACUAUCGUGAAAUCAGCUCUUUGGUUAUGUUGAUGUCACUGACCCCAGACGGUCAAGUAGACAGAACCCACAUACACAAGCACAGCAGACUUCAAAAUAUAAAAGCAUACUGGCCUGUAAACGGCGUUGUCUGCUCAAUAUAGAACUUGGAAUUAUCUUGAUAGGGAUCAAGGAAAGUAGACCAGUUUUAUUUUAAUGUGGCGCAGCAUUGUAUUAAUAUACCUAAUUUUGAAUUUGAAUGAUAUCAGUUUUCCAAUGAUGUCACAUGACAUCGCCUUACAAUAGCAAUAAACUGGGUACAUGGCGUUUCCGUUUUCAGAACGCUGGAACAUUCCAGUGCAAAAUUGCUAUUGGAAUGUUUUUGUUUGAGAAUUACUAAAGCACCUGGGUGUUUGAGGAAAAUCUUGUAAAAUACUAUUUACGAAAUAUGGAUUUGAGCUGAAAUUACUGUAAGAUAUGUAAUAUUUAGGCAUAUUAUGUAUUUUCUUAAUGAAUUUGGCUUUGCAAUCUAACGAAAAAAAACCCAUUUCUAACAGAUUCCGUGUUGUCUGUUGAUAUCGAUACUAAUAUUAGUUUUUAUUUUAAUCAAUCGGUGCAUUUUAAAUAUUUCAAAAUAAUUUAUAAAACGCAUUUUGUCAAAUAAAAUGACGUGGGGGUUUUUUUUGCUUGGUUUUUUUUUUUUCAUUUCGCUACUAUUACGAGUUAUUUGUAAGUUCGCUGAAGUAGACUUCUAUGUUAAACGGAUACUCCAUUAACAUCAGCUGAUGUAUUCAUGUGCCAGAAAAAUGAGGUAAUGGCGUCGUAAAUGUUUAUAUUUUCAAGAGAUACAACAAAUUCCACGGUAAUUGUCGGUGGGUGAUAAACAGAAUACUAAAUUCGUAGCCGUUUGAUGUGAUUUAUCUUACAACUCGUGCCCUAAAAACCCCAAAAACAUUUUAAGCAACUCGUUGUAAGAUAAAUGGUAUCAAACACAUUUACUAUCCUCUAUAUGUCUGCCUGAAACAGAUGUAUCAAAUAUUGCUUCUAUGUCGUAGCGACAAAUGUUGCUAGAAAGAAUGAAUGAAUGAAUGUUUAACGACACCCCAGCACGAAAAAUACAUCGGCUAUUGGG